AUGCCAGACAGUGCUGGACUCAAGCAGUCCUGCCCUCAGGGCGUGUUCGUCAGUUUGACGCCAGGUGACCCUUCGCUCUGGUCGGGUGUCAUGUUCGUGCGCAAAGGGCCCUAUGCUACUGCGAUCCUCCGAUUCUACAUCUCGUUCCCAGACACAUACCCGGCACUGCCGCCGCUCGUGACCUUUUCGACCGACAUGUUCCACCCCUUAAUCACGCCACUCACUACCUACAUGUACACGACCGACAUCCAGGAGGGCGGCACUGUCAGUGCAACGGACGAGGAGCGCCUACCGCCCGGCGGCUUCAGCCUGCGACACGGGUUCCCGGACUGGUUCGGCCGGGGGAGCAGGGGCAGGCCCGCUCCUGGCCAGUACCCUCCGGAAACCCCCAGGUCCUCUAGGGUCCUUGCCACUGGCGGUGACAGCAACUCGAGCACGCCCAACUCAAAGAUCGCCGCCACGCCGCCGAGCGCAGGCCGGGGUGCCGCUGGCAACAGCGGCACGGGUGGCAGCACUGGGAGCAAGCUGUCAUUUGCAGACGUGCACAAGAGGGACAUCUCGACCGGCGAGGUGCUGAGUUACAUCCGCAGCACCUUUGACGACCAGGCAGUACUGGACUCGAUCCCGCUCGAGGCGGCCGGGAACCCUGGUGCGUGGCAUGCCUGGGCUGCGUACCGUGGCAACACCGCCAUCCCCGAAGGCGAGCCUGCGGUCAGAAAGCCGGGCGAGUGGAACUGGGAGGGCGUGUGGGAGGAGAGGGUCCAGAGGAACAUUCAGGCAUCGCUGUCCGAGCCUGUGCUGUAUGGCGAUGCCAGCAGCGAUGAUACGAUUCGAUUUCUCAGCAUGGAAGAGAGCGAAGUCGAGACAGUAAAGGACAAUCUUUACAAGACACUAGGCGAAUCAGCCAGGGCUGACCCCCUGGCUGUUCCUUCCCCGGCUCAACUGAAGUUCCACGUUGCCGAAAAACCCGGCACGUCGCCAGAAAUGAAGCAUGUCCUGCCGCUCCGCAUCGUCAAGCGGUCGGGCAGCACUUUCGGGGAUGAUGACGAUGAUCGUCCCUGCCGGAGAUGCAGCCAGGCCACAACCGAGAGUCGCGGCAGCGUCCCUGGUUCCAUCGAGGACGAGCGGCAGCUGACGCUGCCCAAGCCAGCCGCUUAUUCUCUUGUCAUGCCUGAUGUGAGGGUCACCCCUGAUACUCGAGUUGUGGACCAUGGGAAUCACAACUUCUGGGCCGCCGUUGAGAUUACGGCGACGAAAGGCUACGGUAGCCUUUGUGAGAUCAAGGUCGACGUUGAGCCCACUGCCAACAGCGCCGUACUGGAGGUAAUCGAGAACUUUUCCGCGCCAACUACUCUCGCUCCUGGGUCAACAAUACUGGUCCUCGUGAACGUCGAGCUGAACCUGGCAAAUUGCUCCCGAAUCCGAGGCCACAUCCGGUCCAACUCAGACGACCUAAUCGAGGACCUAGAAGACCAGCUGGGCAGCGCGCAGUGCGAGUACCUGACGGUCAGCCUCAUCUACCAGCACUCGGCCUUCACGCCCGGAAUAAGCAAGAUCAACGAUGAUGACGACGAUGCAAACAGCACCGGGGUCACGAGGACACAGACCAGGAUCCGCACCGCCUACACGGCAGCCGUGAACAGGCACAACGCCGCGUCGCCGUGGUCGCCCCCGCCGCCGGCGCCGGCGCCGCCCAGCAACCACCGCCUCCUGGGCAUCGUCGCGGCCCACUAG